CGUCGUUUCGUGGAGAAGCAACUUCUCUUGUCCCACUCCUAAACCCUGAAUUUGGUAUUUGCUCUUUCGCCUGAGAAGUCUCUUGAAUCGGCCGGUGAUGGAGACGCCGCAGGAAGUUCAGGUCGACAUUGGUCAUCUAAUGGCGUUCGAUCCUCACCACCAUUUCACCUCUCCGCCGCCCACCAGGGAGGAGCUAGUGAAUGAAUGUCUACAGAAGGGUACAGAGCUAGUUCAAGCUAUUGCUAACGAACUUUUCAUCCUGCCUUCAACUGAAGAUAGAGAUGGUCCUCUAGUGAAGUUGUCUCAACCUAAAACGAAAUUGCCCAGGGAGAAGCCUCUUCCAAAGCCUAAGGCUCCUACAAAAUGGGAACUUUUUGCUAAAAAACGAGGUAUAAAAAACAGGAAAAAAGAUAAGAUUCUGUAUGAUGAACAAACUCAAACAUGGAAGCGUCGCCAUGGUUAUGAUCGUGCAAAUGAUGAGGAGAACAUACCCAUCAUUGAGGCCAAGAUGACAGAUGAGCCGGGAGUGGAUCCCUUUGCUAAGAGGCAAGAAAAUAAGAGGAAACGAGUUGAAAAGCAAGAAAAUAAUCGCUUACAGAAUCUGAAACAAGCUGCAAAAGUUGGUGCUUUGCCAAGCCACGUUCAACUAGCUGCAACGGCUCUGCCCAUAACCGGGACGCAAGCUACAACAAAGAAAAUUACAAAAGAUGAGCUUGGAAACGUGGCUGGAAUGGCUGCAACCGCAACAGCUAGCGGUGGAAAAUUCGACAAGAAGUUGCCUGGAGAAAAGCCUCCAAAGCAUGAAGGAAAAUAUCGCAAGUUUUUACCCGUUGUGGAAGGAACGGGCGUUGGCUCUCGAGAAAGGGAGCAAACUGAGAAAGUCCUGAACCGUCUAAUAUCUAAGAAUUCACAUGAGAUACUAAACAUCAAUAAGGCUGUGAACAUGUACAAUGUGAAAAGAGAAAAGAGGCGCAAACAUGAUGAUAGAAAGCCUUCAUCAUCAACAUCGAGCAAGUUGAAACCAAAUAAGAAACUUCAGAAGAAGCCGCUGAAGAAGGGAUCAUCAAAGAAAGGGAAGGCCAAAUGAGGUUAUUAUCCUUUAUAAUGGUUGGUAUUUUAACUAAGAGUUCUUGUAUUACACAAUCUUCUUUAUGGAAGAAAUUUUGCAUUUGGACUGUUUAUUGUAGUAAUUAUCUUCUCCAUUCAAAGAAUAGUGCCUCCCUUUCUCACACACUAUCAGAAGACGAAUAUGUAGUUUUUUUUUUUCUUUGUAGGGAUUGAUCAGUUGGUUCCACCUUGUAGCAAUCAAAGAAGUGAUAUUUCUGAGGGAUAUAAUCCAAUCCAAAU